CAGUUUAGUUCUGAGUUCUGGCAACAGUGAGCAAUGGGUCCCCAGCAGUCAUGAGCGAACGUUGUCAUUCAUUCAACCAAUCAGCCGAGAUUUGAUCGGUGGAGUUACCUUGCACGGCCUGGCGUCUUGGAUUCUCCGCCAGCCAUGGCCGUGACAUUCACUGAACGUCGUCACCACAUGGUUACCUAACAGACCGUGGUCCUCGGGGUUCACAUGACGGAAUAUCCGUUAUUUGUAGCUCUCUCAAUAUUAGUCUUUAAAUCAUAUUAACCGUUGUUAUAACCCGACGUACGGAUGGGAACAGUCGCAAGGCACGGUGGUGACAUCCUCUGUCACGUGACGGUCCGUAAGCAGACUGGAGGCGCUCCGUGGGUUGGCGGAUGGACGUACUCGACCGUGCCUUACAGCGCGAAAAACACAGGAAGCGAUGAAACUAGGGAUUCUACGGAUUCAGAUUCACGCCAGAGCUUCCCCGCAGAGUUUGUUGCCGACCAACUAACAUCAAAUUCAGACAUGCUUGAAUUGAGCAAGGACGAUGCAGCCGUUUCAGGGCAGAAGCAAGUCGCAGAGGUUAGUUCUUCCGUAGAUUCUGGACCAGGAGUAUCGACCGCGGUUGCCGAAUCUCUCACCAAGAGGGACGAGGAAUGGAAGAAGGAAGUUGCGAAGCUUCUAGCGGAGACGAACCGGCUGAAGCUGUCGAAGGACCAGACGAUUCGCACACUAAGGCAUCGAGUCGAAGAAGAGCGGGAGAGAAAUAAAAAGCUGAAGCAGAGAUUUUUUAACCUGACGGGAGAGAAACCGGACUUGAUACCGCUGGAUUCCGAUGAGGACAAGUCCAUCCCGUAUGCAGCUGCUAUCAGGCCAGGAGAGAAUGGUCGUUGUCAGAGUUCUGCUGAUGGUACAGAUGCUCCUCUUUCACAAGCCGAGCCUCAGCCUGUUGUUAACUCGACAACGAGCAAGUCUCUGCACGAGGUUUGUUCUGACGCGGAAAUUAUCACUACUCUACAGCAACAACUGUCAUCGCUUCAAUCUGUAGAGCAGAAACUCUCAUCUGAGCUUGGGUCUCUCCGCUCCGCUCUGAGCAGCGAGCAGCAGCGGAUGCGAUUGGUGGAGCAGCAACGGGACGAGGCGCUGGAAGGGGCGAGGGAAGCGGAAGUGGCGCUAGGCAUGGCUGAACGAAAGCUCCAGGAGCAGCAUCAGCAGAUCCUGAAGAUGCAAGCCGAGGGUGAUGCAGAAGGAGGCUGGCGGAUUAAAGGGCUUGUUCCCGCAUCGGAGCUGGUCGAAGUUCAGAAGCUCAUGGGGGAUCAACUCAGCGAAAUAUCCGGUCUAAAAGGCCAAGUGAAGUCCUUGAAAGCAACCCUUGAAUCGCAAACGUCGCGUCUGAAAGCAGCAGAGGGGGGACUGGCAGAAAAGAUUGAGGAGCUUGGACACACGAAAGAAGCAUUGAAGGUGGCUGAUGCCGAAAAUGGCCGUCUGUUGACGGAAGGAAUCGAACUGAAGGACGAGGUAGCCCGAUUGCAGGCAGAGGUUGAGGAGCUGACCGCCUUGAAGUCAGCAAGCGAGGAAAGGGAGAGGAAGGAUGAAGGAGUUAUUGAAGGCCUGCAUUCACGCUUUGUGGAGAUGGAGAGACAGAAGGAUGAAGCCGUGAAAGAGAUCGAGAAGGUUUUAGGAGCAGUGAUCUCGCAGGUACAGGAUGAGAAGGAGAAGGUUGGCGUGGAGCUGGCGGAGUCGAGAAAUAAGGUUGAAGAGAUGGAAAAGUGGAACUCCGAAGUGACGGAGACAAUGCAAAGGAUGCAGGCGAAGAUUGAAGCACUGGGGGAACUUACACAGGCAAAGGAAGCUGAGAUCCAAGCAUUGAGACAGCAGUUGCAUGCAGAAGAGAAAGAGGCGAGAGCGAAGGAGAAGCAGAUUGUGAAACUGACUGCUGACACACAGUCACUGAAUGCGUUGAUGCUGAAGGCAGUGGAGAGCAAGCAAGGCAUGGAAGAGCAUCUGCAGGCAAAGGGGAGGGAGGUAGAAGGCAUAAAGGGCAGCUUGAGGCAGGCGGAAGCGAAGGUUGAACUGCUGGAGAGGGAACUGGCAUGGAAGGACGAGCGGCUCAGGGCCGUGGAAGCCGAGGUACAGACGCAGCAGCUGCAGGUGAGGCGAGUGGAGGGGCGAUUGGUGGAGGUGCAGCAGCAGAUGGGGGUGCUGCAGCGUGAGAAGGAGGAUUGGGCAGGCCAGAUGAGGGCUCUGGAGAAGGAGAAGGCUUCAUUGGACCAGGAACUGUAUGUGGUGACCCAUGAGAUGCUGAUGAAGGAGAGGGAGGUGCAGGCACUGCAAGCUGCACAGGGCUACGGGAUGGAAUCUGACUGAAGAUUGGCUUACUGAUAUUGUGAUCGUAGUAGGGUUUGCUAUCUUCAAACGUUCUGCCUGCCCUCAGCUGUGUAGUUACGUUUUGGUACGAGA